AUGCAUGAAAAUGAAAAUUUGUUUAAUCAACUAGUAAAAUUUUCUGAAAUUUAUCAUAUUGCAAAAACUUCUUUUGUAAGUCAAUGGAAUAUUGAAUAUUUACAAAAUUCUAUUCAAUGCGCCUUCGACGUCGAAAAUGCCUUGUUUAUGAUAUCCGAUGAAGACGCUGAACUUCUGCAUAAAAAACUAGUUUCAAAAGCAAAAGCUGAACGUCGCGUUCUGCCUCCACCUUUAACCGAAUUUCAAACUUUAUUAAGAAACAUUUAUUUGCCAAGUGAAUUGUCCUUUUAUGUUUUGAAUACUUAUGAAUUUCUGAACUAUGGUCUAUUUUCAAAACAAGAAAAUAUUGCUGAGGAUGUACAAAUGUUCGCCAAACCUUUAGCAAUGGCCGAUGUCCUAGCUGGAAUUCAAAUGGGUUUAUUAGAAGGAUUAUCUCAAAUAAAAUCGCACAAUAAGGAACAAGUUCCUGGUGUGGCCGCGCUGAAACAUGAAUAUUCUUAUAAACUUUUGCAUACAACUACUACAAGACGUGCUGCGGCUAGAUUACUCUUAAAAGAUUUUGAUAAAUUCUUUAAUGAUGGACAAAUUGAUUCCGAUGGUAUUGAUCAAAUUCAUAAUGUUUUACAUCAUUCAACUCAAUCAUCUGAUGGAAUGGUGAGGAGAAUAUUAUCUAUACAUCGAACCUUUUUGUAA